AAAACCCUGAUUAAGAACCCUCCCAACCCUUCAAAGUCCAAACCCCUCUCCCAUUUUCUCUCUCUUUCUGUUCAGCGUUAGAUAAGAAAAACAACAACAAAGACUAACCAACGCAAUCGCCAUUUUCUCCCUCCUCAUGAAGAAGCUCUACCAUAAAGGGACGGUUCACCCGUCACCGCCGAUCAUCUCCGACCACCUCGCUUUCCUCCCCGCCGCCAUACUCACUCUGGCAACCGCCCUUUCUCCUGACGACCGGGAGGUUCUCUCUUAUCUCAUCUCCUGCUCAUCCGCCGCCGCCUCCUCCACCUUCUCCGCCAACCCCCGCCGUAAAAGCGCCGCGGAAACCGCCCAUUCACCUGCCUUCAACUGCAGCUGCUUCGGCUGCUACACGAGCUACUGGGUCAGGUGGGACGAGUCGCCGAAUCGCCAGCUCAUACACGAGAUCAUCGACGCGUACGAGGAUUCGUUGGCUCAAAUUGGAAACAAGGGUAAGAAGAACGGGAAGGGGAAGAAGGAGAAGAGGAACCAGAGGAAAGCGGGGAGCAGCAGUAGCAGCAGUAGUAAGCAUGCGCAUUCGAGCGAGUUGAAGCGGUCCGAGUUGGUGAGUCUGGCGAGUCUGGCGACUCACGACUCGGCCGAGUUGGAAGCGGUGGUGGAAGGUAACGGUGGCGGUGAUGAAGGUUGUGAAGGGGUUGCGGUUGAGGAGAAAGGAUCGGUGAGAAGGUUUGUGAGUUUCAUCGGUGAAAGGAUUUGGGGCGGGUGGGGACAGUGAGUGAAUGAAUGUAUGAAUUUGGAAGAGAUAAUAAUGAAGAAGAAAAUUAGAUAAUGAAGAAAGGAAGAGAAAAGAAGAGGAAAGGCUGCAAAUUGGUACAUUCGUAAGUCAAAAAUGACUAUUUUUUUUUUAGAUUUUUCUUUUUCUUAAUUAAUGUGUAGAAUUUGAAUUUGACCAAUUCGUGUCUUCCAAGAAGUUUUCUUCUUUUUGUGGUCUUUA